CAAUAUACGUGGAUCUGGCAUGAGAAUUGAAUUGGGACACCGUUUCUUCGUCUGCCAUGCGCACGCGCUAGAUUUCGCUCAAAAUCUCUUCGCCUCGUGCAUAGACUAGAACCCGCGACUGAAUUGAAAAACGAAAUUGUGCCUUUUUAGCUCUCUCCAAAUUUAUUCCUAGCUGCUCACUGCUUAAUUUCCCUCUCAUAAUUUGGAGAAUGAUCCGGUUCAUACUGCUACAGAACAGGCAGGGAAAGACCCGUCUUGCCAAGUACUACGUUCCUCUCGAGGAUUCCGAGAAGCACAAAGUCGAAUACGAGGUUCAUCGAUUGGUGGUAAACAGAGAUCCCAAAUUCACAAAUUUUGUCGAGUUCCGCACACACAAAGUAAUAUACAGGCGAUAUGCAGGGUUAUUUUUUUCGCUCUGUGUUGACAUUACUGAUAAUGAGUUGGCCUAUUUGGAGUGCAUCCAUCUAUUUGUGGAGAUUUUGGACCAUUUCUUCAGCAAUGUGUGCGAGCUAGAUUUGGUUUUUAACUUUCACAAGGUUUAUUUGAUACUUGAUGAAUUCAUUCUUGCUGGAGAGCUCCAAGAAACAAGCAAAAAGGCGAUUAUUGAGAGAAUGGGCGAGCUGGAGAAGUUAGAGUGAAAAUUUUCUGUGUUUCAGAUUGCCGUUUGGUGUAGUGCUUCAUAGGUGGAUUACAGAUAGAGACAUACAAGACAUGUUAAUUAAUAGUACACUAUUUAUUAUUAUUAUUCGUAAGAAUUAAAUAUUUUGAGUAAUUUUAAGUGUUACCAGCUAGCUUAUGCUUCA